CCCAAACUCUACCAUGGAAAAUUGCAGAAAAAGUCCACUUAAGCCAUGGAAGAAAGGCCCCACAAGAGGCAAAGGUGGACCUCAGAAUGCGACGUGCGAGUAUCGAGGAGUUCGACAAAGAACAUGGGGCAAAUGGGUGGCAGAAAUCAGAGAGCCCAAGAAGAGAACCAGACUCUGGUUGGGUUCUUUUGCCACUGCUGAAGAAGCAGCCAUGGCUUACGACGAAGCUGCAAGGAGGUUAUACGGGCCAGAUGCUUACCUCAAUUUACCCCAUCUGCGAUCGAAUUUCAACCCUUUAAAUAAAUCACAGAAGUUCAAGUGGUUUCCAUCCGACAACUUCAUUUCAAUGUUCCCAACGACUGGGUUGCUUAAUCUAAAUGCCCAACCCAGUGUGCAUGUCAUUCACCAGAGACUUGAAGAACUCAAAGCAACUGGGGUUUUUCGUCAGAUAUCUUCAUCAAGCUCAUCAUCCAGUGACCUGCAGAAAAAUGAAGUUCGAAGCAUGAGUGACCAACCCCACGUAGAACAUCCUGAAGGUAAGGAGAAAGAGGUAGAAUUUUCAUCGGAAACUACAUCACUUGUACGCCAAGAGAAACCUCAGAUAGAUCUCAAUGAGUUCUUAGAGCAGCUAGGUAUACUGAAAAAGGAUGAUUCAACGGAUACAACUGAGGUCUCCAGCAGUUUUACAGACCUAGAAUCCCCAUUAAAAGAUGACGAGGGACUUGGUGUUUUUGCUGAGAAAAGUUUCAACUGGGAAACACCGAGUGAAAUGCAUGGACUAGGGGAUCAUCAAGUAACAGAAGCUAGUGGCUUCCAUGCAUAUGACAUUGAUGAUGAACUGAGUUUUCCAACAUCUAUUUGGAACUUCUGAAAGAACCAGCUGCAUUGAAAGAGCAUAAUUUUAACUUCACAGAAGUUGAAUUCACUCUAGACACCACUUAUAUGUCGCAUAAAUUAGUCGGUAUUCUAUAACUUAUCCUGUG